ACGCAGAACUACGCGGGGCGCGUGCUCCGGGUCCGCGUCAAGGGGCACAUCGGAACUCUCCUAGUGCAGGAAAACAAUGACAGAUGCUGUAACGAUGGAAUUGAGCUGCACUGAAGUACCUCUUUAUGGACAGCUCACUGUAUAUGGAAAGUUUUUCACAAUUCUCCCAGAGGAUGCUGAAUUUUACUUUGUUUAUGAUGGCUCAACGCAGAGACAUGUGGUUUUUGCCAAGCGUGUUUCUGAUAACACCGUUCAAUCUAUUAUUCCAGCUCAUGGAGAACAAGAAGCUGUUUCUGUGUGUGUGGUCAUGUACACAAAAGAGGGUGUGCCUGAGACUCUGGGCUACUCAUCUCUUACUUACAAGCGGAACACAGCUUCUGAGGUAGCAUGUUUUCUGAUGAACCAAGCUGAUUGCCUCACUCCCUCUAGUCACCACACACUUCGCAGCAGGUUUGGCUUAAUGGCUGAAGAUUUUCAAUCAAUGGAUCAUGACAUUACACUAGCAAUGGCUCAUGAAGCGAUUCCACCUGCUUGGAAUUUCAUUGGAAAUUGUUCACAAGAUGAAUCUAAUCACAAAGAGACACUUCUGCAUCUUGCAGCGAGACUGGGUUUAGCUAAGCUUUCCCAGUUCCUAUUACCUCAGCCAGGUGGGACAAAUGCAGUCAUUCUGCCUAAUGAAGAUGGGUCCACACCCUUGGACUUGGCCUCACAGAAUGGACACUCCAGUCUUAUUGAAAUAUUCUCCAAAGCCCAGGUCAGCCAUCCAUUUGAGAUAUCACACGUGGAGCUUAGUGAGAAUGCUGUCCUACAAUUUGUGCAUUCAUCAGGAUCUCUGGUGCUGACAUUUAAUCAUACCACAGACCAUUCACUAGAAUCCGACAUCCAACUCUUCCGGAAAUACCUCUGGGAUAGAGCUUUUCUUCUCAAGCAUCUUACUCCAAACCAAACUGAGGCACUGGGAGAAUUGCAGAUGCCUUGCAACUCUACAUGCUCUGCAGAAGAUCCUGUGGACCUUGUGUCUGAGGAGUCCUCUCUGAAAAAUGAAGAUGUGACGUUUUACAGAGAUCAUACGAUUCAACCAGUUGAAAAUGAAAGUGACACCUUGUUGAAUUUAGAUCAGCAACACUCCCCAUUUAAUGCUUUUAAGAAAUGCUCGAGUCCCUCCACCUUCUUUGCUGCAGCCAGGCUUUCUGCUAUGUUGAACGGAAGUGAUGAAGUAUAUGCAAACCGCAUGGUAGUAGAUCAGAUUGAAGAAGCUGGUGUCAACUACACUAACAUAAGCCAGUCUGCUUCUGAAAUAUGCACAGACCAGACAGAGUCGAAUGAAGAACCAGAAGCACCUGCAAAUAGCAUGGAUAGUAGAAAUACAUCACCUGUCAGUCCAUCUAACUUGAGUACAGCAGGCUCUUGCCUGCCGCUCAAGGCACAUGCAUUUAGCCACCCAAGAAAUCAACGCUAUUCCAUCAUGAAAAAACGAAGUUCCAGUCUCGAUGACUUAGAUGUAGAGAAUGUUGAUGAAAGAAAUUCUAACCGAACCCGUCACUGCUACCCUUCGAUGCCCUUCAGCUCUUCUGUGGCCUUGGCUAGUAAUAAGGAUGAAUUGGAGCAAAGCACAGAUAUGGAUUUUAACAUAAGCAGGGCAGAAUCUUUUCCUUUGUCCAACAAUCUACAGUCAAAGGAAUCGUUACUAUCGGGAAUUCGAUCUCGCUCCUACUCUUAUACCUCACCCAAAGUUAUCUUAGGGAAAUCACAUGGUGCGCAUGACUUCCCAAUAUGUGAUUCAAAUGAUGAACAAUGCACAUACAGCUUGAUGGAACAGUCAAGAGAAAAAAGAAUUCAAGAAGAAGACUGGGAUAAGUACAUUAUACCAACAAAAUCUGAAUCUGAAAAAUACAAAGUCAGUCGUACUUUCAGCUUUCUAAUGAAUAGAAUGGCCAGUACGCGAAAUAAAUCCAAGGCAAAAAAUAAAGAUGUCAAAGAGAGAGAGAAAUUGUUUAGGCACCAGUUUGUGUCUGGAACUUUUGCUGGAGUGAUACCAUGUUUCGCAUGUGAGAAGCCACUUUUGGGAAAAGAGUCCUUGCAAUGUUCUCAUUGCAAUGCGUGUGUGCAUAAAAGUUGUAAGGACUGUGCACCUGCAUGUACAAAAAAAUCCCAAGAGAGAUGCCAUAUUAAGAACAGAACACAAGCUGUUCAGUCAAAUCCAUCCUUCAGAGAUAUUCCGCAACCAGUAUUGUCUCCAGUUCACUUUCCUACUUCCACACCUAUUGGAUUGUCCGCUGUAAAGAAAGAUGUAUCACAGCAACAGCACUCUCUAUCCAAAAGUGUUCCAAGUUCCAGUCUUGAAAGAAAAUGUUCAUCCCCUUUGGAGCCAGACACUGAUCCUUGGAGAUUCAAGUCACACUCUGAAGAACUGUUGCAGUCUAUUGGAAGUGCGUCCUCAGUUGAGUCUUUCGUGAUUGAAGAUGAUGUUGAUGCCUCUUUGUGGAGCGACCUCAGCACUGACACACUGGACUUUGAGGCAGAAUCUUGGAGUCUUGUUGUGGACCCUUGGUUUUGUAGCAAGCAAGAAAAGGAGGUCAUCAAAAGACAAGAUGUGAUUUUUGAGCUGAUGCAAACAGAAGUACAUCACAUCCACACCCUGUUCAUUAUGUCUAAGAUAUUCCGGAAAGGGAUGAAGGAAGAACUGCAACUGGACCACAGCACUGUGGACAAAAUAUUCCCCUGUUUGGAUGAGCUGCUAGAACUUCACCAACAAUUCUUCUGCAGUAUGAAGGAGAGACGGCAGGAGUCCAGUCAGGGGGAAAGUGACAGGAACUUUGUAAUUAACAGAAUUGGAGAUAUCCUUGUGCAGCAGUUUUCAGAAGAAAAUGCAAGCAAAAUGAAGAAAAUAUAUGGGGAAUUUUGUAGUCAUCAGAAAGAAGCAGUCAGCCUUUUCAAAGAGCUGCAACAAAACAAAAAAUUCCAGAAUUUCAUCAAACUUCGGAGCAGUAACCUGUUGGCUCGGCGUCGUGGAAUCCCAGAAUGCAUUCUGCUGGUCACUCAGAGAAUCACUAAGUAUCCAGUAUUAGUAGAAAGAAUAUUACAAUAUUCCAAAGAAGGAACUGAAGAACACGAAGACUUAUGUAAAGCCCUUGGUCUAAUCAAGGAUAUGAUUGCAGCAGUUGAUUUGCAAGUCAAUGAAUAUGAGAAGAAACAAAAAUUGCUGGAGAUUCUCAGUAAAGUUGAAAACAAAACAUAUACCAAGUUGAAAACUGGGCAUGUUUUCAGAAAGCAAGAUUUGAUCAAGAAAGAGAGGACACUUCUGCAUGAAGGUUUAGUCUACUGGAAAACAGCUACAGGACGUUUCAAAGAUACUUUAGCUCUGCUUCUAAAUGAUGUGAUGUUAUUUUUACAAGAAAAAGAUCAGAAAUAUAUCUUUGCAGCUGUUGACCAGAAGCCUGCUGUUAUAGCCCUUCAGAAACUUAUUGUCAGAGAAGUAGCCAAUGAAGAGAGAGGGAUGUUCCUGAUCAGUGCAUCAUCCACAGGGCCUGAGAUGUAUGAAAUUCAUACCAGUUCCAAAGAGGAACGCAGUCAUUGGAUGAGGCAGAUCCAAGAGGCCGUAGAGAGCUGUCCAGAAGAAGAAGGAAAAAUGAAUGAAUCUGAUGAAGAUCGAAGAAUAGCUGAAGCCAGAAUAGCUAAAAUUCAAAAAUGUCAAGCAAUCUUAAGUAACAAGGACCAACAGAUCUGUAGCUGUUUGGAAGAUAAGCUUAAUAUCUAUGCAAAACUUGGAGAUAUGAGUGGGUUUGAAGAUGUUCAGGUAGAACCACAUUUGUUUAUAAAGCCUGAUUCUGGAGAAACACCUCAAGUGGCCUCGCUUCUAGCUGCAGCUCUCAGGGAAGUGGAAAGCCUCCAUGUGGCUGUAGCAUCAACAAAUGACACAAGCCAGACAACAUAUGAGAAUACUACUGAAUCUAACCUGACGCAAGAUCUUUCUGCAACUGAAGUCUGUGAAUCUAUUCCUGAUAUAAGAGAAAUAAAGGGAGACGAGCCUUAUGAUGCUGAUGCUCAUGAAACAAACAGCAUAGCCGAUGGGCUGGAUCAGGAAGGAGAAGGAGACACAUGUUUCUCAUCUUCGACACAGACUGAGGUUGUACAGACUAUCCAGAAUUUAACCCGCCUCUUGUACAGUAUACAGGCAGCCUUAGCCAUCCAGGACAGUCACAUUGGGGUCCAUAAGCUUCUUCUACAGGAACACGAAAGAUUCAGCUGGAGCCCUGGUUCCCGUGGCUCCUCCAUUCCAGAACAAGAAAGGCACCGGAACUUUAAACAGAAGGAGGAACUAGCAAAUGUUCACAAAGUUCAGCACCAGUUUCAGCAAGAGCAGCAACGGUGGCACCGCGAAUGUGAGCAACGGCAACAGGAGCACCAGACAAGGGAGAGCCAGCUUCUGGAGAGGGAGAAGGAAUGCUUAAGCCAGGAAGAGCUGCUCUGCAGAAACCGAGAAGAGCUGGAUGCCCAGCUACAGGACUACCAGCAGAACCUGGAGAGGCUCCGGGAGAGUCAAAGGAUGGUGGAGAGGGAGCGGGAAAUGGUGAAACUACAGCACAAGAUCUUGCGCCACUGGAAGCACAGCCGCCAGAGCAGUCUGUCUGAGGUGAUCUCGCCAGAGGACAAUGAGGCAUGCAAGGCUUUCUCCAGAAUCAUGGGACAUAAUCGGUCAGACAGUUUUUGUGGUGAAACUCCCAUCUUCAUAAAUGAAGCCUUGAUACAGAUGUCAUUAAACCAUCUUAACAGGUCAAAUUCAACUCUAGUAUACCAGGAUUAUGUACAUGGAGUAAACCUGCCAAAUUUGGAUUUAUCAAGGACUACUGAAAAUCAGACCAACUGGAACGUGGACACUUCUUGUCAGCAGGCGUAUAUUGGUGGUGACCUCUCAAAAUCGAAAGAGCUCUGCCAUCACACAGCCUCCUCCUGCACAAGCUACACCGACACAUGUAACAAUUGCAAUUGCACUGAAGAUCUGAGCAGCCAGAAUAACUCAGCCAAUGAAGAUUUCAUUGGACAUUCAAGAAUCGACUCGGAUCUGUCACCGAAAAGCCAAAUAGCCAAAUAUCAAGGCCUGAAUGCAGUGCUGAGCCAGUGCCCAAGAUCAUCAAGUCAUGGCAAUAUUCAACCACUCCAGCCUUCAGAUAUUGUGAUGAAAAGUUUAUCUUGUGACAUGCAACAAGAUUCAGAAAAUGGAGGCAUUGAAGAAAAUAUAGUGUAUCUCUAAUCUCUUCUCUGUCACCAGUAGCAGUUUUUCUAAUUGUCUGUAGUUACUCUCUGUCUAAAUUGCUUGAGGAAAUAAUAUUUAAUAUAAAAUGCAAAGUUUUUCCAUAUACAUACAUAUACCAAUUAAGUUAUUUGUUAAACUUGUAUGUAAUAUAUAAAUGAUAGCAUACAUAUUACAUUUCGAAUAUAAGGAAUAUAAGACAGCUGGACUCUAAAUGACCUGUUCUUGUGAUGGGAUCAUCCCAGUUGGACUGUGGAUGAGGGUAUAAUUUUUCCAGGUUCAAGCUGCACAUUCUUUGUGCAGUUCUAGGUAUAAUAGCAGUAUCAUAGAUUUCAUAAAGCGAUUUAGCAACUCCUUGUUAACAAUAAUAUCAACUGGAGAAAAUGGAGAACCAAGAGUAAAGAUAAUAAGAAUGAACACCUGUAAGAUACUGUAAUUGCUGUUUUUACUCCUUAGUGGGUUUACGUGGCCUUUUUCUUCAAGGCAUCAAUUUAACUAUGAUCUAAGAUACUCAUGGGGGAUACUUUCCACAGGCCACAUAAUAAUAAUAAUAACUGCAUGUAUAUACCGCUCUUCUAGACAGAUUAGUGCCCCACCCAGAGCGGUGAACAAGUUAGUAUUAUUAUCCCCAAAAUGCAGUUGGGGAGCUGGGGCUGAGAGGAAUGGGUUACCCAAGGCUACCUACUGAGCUCAUGGCAGUAGUGGGAUUAGGACUAGCAAAGUGCUGAUUUGCAGCUGAUCCACUUAUUCACUGUGCUAUAGCAGCUCUCUGACCACAAUAUGCCAUCACAGAAUUGGCAUCAGAACCUUGAUCAUAAUCAUCCUUGUCACAUGACUUUAAUGGUGCAGAAAAGCCAUUUAGCUUAAUGGUUUUUUCAAGGUGCUGCUUCAAAGUAGGGGAAGUGAAGACCUCAUGGUAUAGGGGAAGCAUGCCUGGAAUAUUUCUCAAGUAAUAUCAGCUGAGGCUGUCACAUUAGUCCCUAAAAUGAUGGUGGUGAUUCAUUAUCCUCAAAGGAGGAGCAGGAUGUUCUCCCAAAGUAUUGUUAGAUUAACACCUUGUUUCCACAAUGGACAUUUGAGUCUCAUGUCAUUUGAGAAGGAUUUGAGGUGUUUCAGGAAAUGGAUCCACAGCUGCAUGCUAGUCUGCUGAAGUUCAAAUUCUGUGGGGAGACUCAGCUUAGUCCUAGUGGGACUUUAUGUCACAAAUAAUGCCCCAUCUAGCAUUAUAUAAAACUUGCUUUUUCAACUGCUUUAGGUCAGUUUUGUGAUACAUUGCAUUUGAGCUUGGCCUCAGGAAGUAUCGUUUUGUUGUUGUUGUUGUUUGGUCCUCGAAUUAAAAUUCAUCACAUGGACAUUUCUAUUUGGUGAGAAACUGAGAAUACAAAGAGAAAAUGUUUUUUAAAAAAUUAGCCUAACCCAAAACCAAUACCUUUUCACAUGCACAUACACAAAUCAGUGUAUUUCUUUCAGGACCCAAGAGCUUUGGUAUACUGUAGAAUAAUAAAUCUGAUUUUUUUUCUUGGCAUUUUUCAGGCAUAUCUG